AUGUAAAUGCAAGACUCUGCUUAUCUAAAUUAGCAUCAAGAUAACAAUUAAAAAAUGAAUAAGGUAUAUUCUUAGGUUUUUAAACUAAUUGGAGUGUGCCUUUAAAUAUUAUUUAUGGGUUUAUAUGGAGUAAUUAAUUACUCCAUGAUAUUCGAUAUAAUUUUAUUACAUCACCAAGCUUACUAAAGCAUAGCUUUAACUGUUAUAAUCAGUACAAUUUUAGGAUUUACCUCUUUAAAUACUCUUUUUAACUAUCUAGCAGUAUGUGCUAUAUCUCCUGGCAGUACAUUUGAAUUUCCUGUAGUUAAUGUUGAACAAAUAUAGCAACAAUUUAACAUAAACACUUGCUCUAAAUGUAGAAAAGUAAAACCCCCUAGAUCUCAUCACUGCUCAGUUUGCAACAAAUGCAUUUUUAAGAUGGAUCACCACUGUCCUUGGAUAAAUAAUUGUGUUGGCCAUUUUAAUAUGAGAUAUUUUCUACUCUUUCUUUUUUAUUCUAACAUCACUUUAAUAUUAGCAAGCAUAGGUUAUUUAAACUUGACAUUCAACUCUAUAUUUGAUGAUUAUUUAAAUUAAGUAACCUUUAGUGUUAAUGUUGUUGCAAUUAUGUGUUACGCUUUAUCAGUAGCUAUGAGUAUGUUCUCUUUAAUGAAUUGGCUUUUGGCCUUGAAAGGCUAUACUUAAAUUGAAUAUUGGAAUAAGAAAAUUCCUACUCCUUAAGACUCUUAAAAGUAAAUAACUUUUGAGCAUGCUAAUUGUAUUGAUAAUUUAAAUGAAAUAUUUGGCACAAAGGUAGUUUAUAAAAUGUUCUUACCAAGCUUUAGAAAAUAACCCGAAGAUGGAGUAACAUGGAAGAAUUGCAAGUCUAAUAUAUUUUAACAAAGCUUGCAAGAUAUAUCAAAUAAUCCAAAUUAUAUUAACACCACUUAAUUAUAAUAUAAGAAUAAAGAGAAUGGCCAAAACAAAAAGAAUCAGUUUUAGCAAAUUUAACAAAAUGACCAUGAUAUAUUCUAGCUAACAGAUGAAACCCUGUGA